AUGGGCAAGAAGAAAAAAGGAGGACGCCGUCUCAGCCAGAGCGACUUUGCAGGAGACGAUGCUAUCUUGACAGAGAUUUUGACCUCGUCUCGCAAAUCAGGAAGAGUUGAGGAUCCAAGGGCAGAACGUGCACUUGCUUUCCCAUCUAAGCCCGUCCUUGUCGCCGCAGCUGUCCCUGAACCCACAGCAGCAGCAGCAGCAGCCAAUGCAAAAGAUGCAUCAACCAACUCAGUUCCAGUCGACAGCCCAGAUAUCGUCGCCGAUUCAACAACAACCAACGCAGCAGCCGAUCCCUCAGAGUUGACAACACCGUCGGGAGGCGGAGGAAAGUGCCACCAUGUCAAGGGCGCUGUCAACUUGGCUAAGCUUCGCAAGGGAAUCGCUCAUCAGAAGGAUUGGGAUCACUGUCUGGGUUGUAAGGCUGCAGAGUCCAAGGCAAAGAAGCUGGCGCAACGGGUUGAUAAGCCGAUGUCGAAGCUCAGUCUUUCGGAAUCAGAGGGAUCAGCAGCAGGAGCGGAGGAGCCCUUGUCUGCAGAGUCGCUCUGGAUGUGUCUUACGUGCUACGAUAUCAACUGCGGACGAGCCAUCAAGAAGCAUGCGGUGGCCCAUCAUGACAGCAAGAAGAAUAACCAUCCUCUGGCCAUCAACCUUGGAACCUUGGAUUGUUGGUGUUAUGAGUGCGACGACACGAUCGUCCCAUCCAAGAACAGGAACCAGCUCAUUCAGGAGUGCCAGGUAACCUUUGAGAAGGCAUUCCAAGUUAAACAGUCCAAGAUGAGAGCUGCUUCUGUUGUGGUCUCGAAAAAAACCAAGGGUGCUGCUUCCGAAACUAUAAUUGCUGCCCCUUUGCUCAAGGCCAAGGUGUUCACACCAGGCCUACAGAACCUUGGCAACACCUGCUUCUUCAAUUCUGUUGUCCAGAUUUUGGCUGAGACAAAGUCGCUCAAGAGUAUCUUGUCAGAGGAUGGAAGAGCGUCCAGCGGAUUCCCAAAAUCACUGGCUGCCAGCACAGACGCCGGACUUGGACCUUUGACCACGACAUUCAAGGUCUUUUUGUUCACCAUGUGGAAGCACCAAGGUGGCACAAUUGCGCCUCGAGACCUGUUUACCCAGAUCGCCAAAAAAUGGAAGUUGUUCCGUGGGUUCCGUCAGCAGGACAGUCAAGAGUUGAUGCGGUACCUUUUUGACGGAAUCAAGCACGAGGAGUUGGAUAUGAUCAAGAGACAUCUUUCGGAGGAAGGUGGUGGCCAGGAUGAUAAGGCGGAGGAGGCGAAGGAUGAGGAGGAGGAGGAGUCGGCUGGAUCGGACGAGAAGAAGGAUCCCAAGUUCAUCCCUUUUAUUGAUAGCUGUUUCUCAGGAAAGCUCGUCAGUGUCAUUGUCUGCGACGCAUGCAAGAAGUGCUCAUAUGCGCCAGAGGAUUUCUUUGAUCUUUCGCUGCCAAUUCGUGGGCCGACACAAGCUGGAGCAGCGGCGGGUUCGAGUCUCAAGGCUCGUUUGCUUACUCAGUCGAAAAAGGCAUCCGCUGCAAAGGAGGAAGAGCCAACAGCGGACGAUACACCCGCAGACGAGAAGGACCCUCUUCCGGAAUCUGACCGGCCGUCCGAGGCGCACCUGCGCCAUGUUGGGAAGCUUCUCAAGAGCAUUGGGCCAUCGACGUCAGAGGAUCUCUCUAUUCAACGAUCUUUGAACCAGUUUACGAGCGUGGAUCGAUUGGAUGGCGAGAACAAGUUUGCGUGCGAGAACUGCUACAAGCUGAUUCAGGCGACUAAAGAGAAGGAGGGUGGGUCAGUAGAGCAGGGCCACAAGCCGGAUGCCAACAACAGCGUGUCGGAGGACGUUGUCGUGGAAGAAACUGCAAAGGACGAACCUGUUCAGGAGGUGGAGACCGUCGAGACGACUGUUGCAGCAUCAGAGUCGGACGAUAGCGAGAGUGACGACGACGAUGAUGAAAAGUCGUUGGGAGAGGAGCAGACAGACAGUCUUGGGAACACUAUUCCCAAGAAGGUCAAAAAGGUCAAGUCAAAGGCAGUCGAGUCAAAGAAGCCAGCAGAAGAGCCCAAGCACAUUUUCCGUAGAGCUUUCAAGCGGUACCUGAUCUCGAGCUUGCCGCCAACACUGGUUUUACAUCUGAAGCGGUUUGAGUCCUCAGGACGGUUUGGACAGAUGCGCAAAAUUGAGGACCAUGUUGAUAUUCCAGUCGAGAUCGACAUGGCGCCCUACUUUGUUCCCAAGAACAAGAUUGAGGAAGAGGAGGAGAAUGAGAGCGAGACCGGGUCCGAGACACGGAAGGAGGAGGAGGAGGUGAACGGGUCCAAGUCCAAGAAGUACAGGCUUUAUGGAGCGGUUGUCCACAUGGGGACGUUGAGUGGUGGACACUAUAUCAACUAUGUCCUCUCUUCCAAGGUCCAAGUGGCAGAGGCGAAGACCGCAGCAGAAAAGGCCAAGUCCAAGAGCACUAUCAGCGUCAACGGUUUAGAGUUGCCCGAUGUCCCCUUGGCGGUAAUGUUGGCACAACAGAAGGAACAGGCCGAGGAGAAGAUGCAAGGUCUGGCAGAUGUUGACAAGGAUUCUUCGUCCUCCUUUUCGGCCACGAAUGCCAAGAUGGAGGAAAAGUCAGAAAAAGAGGUCCCUGCUGUUCAGGAGGAGGAUAAACGUCAAUGGAUCGCGUGUAGUGACUCGAGCGUGCGGCUAUCCAGUCUGCAGGAGGUGUUGACCAGUCGCGCAUACCUGUUGUUUUAUGAGCGCUAUUAG